AUGGAUCAUAUGGAUAUAACUAUGUUGUUUGCCUUCGCUACGUUCAUACAAAUGAAUCUGGAAGAAAGUAUAUAUCUCAAAUUGAAGGGACUUGCUAUCUUUUAUUAUUUUGUUUUGGAUUUGAUCUACUGGAGAGAUGUAAGAAAAACUGGAGUGGUGUUUGGUAGCAUGAUGUUUCUACUCCUGUCUCUUGCCUUCUUCUCAGUGUUAAGCGUUGUAGCUUAUCUGUCAUUGGCAUUGCUUACUGUUACACUUAGUUUCCGAGUGUACAAAAACAUCAUGGGAGCUGUACAGAAGAGCAAUGAGGGACAUCCUUUCAAGCAGUAUCUUGAAGCUGACUUAGAAUUACCAGAAGAUAAAGUUAAACCAGCAGUGGAGACUAUUUUAAGUCAUAUUAAUUGUACUGCUAAAGAAGUGAGACGAUUAUUUCUGAUUGAAGACUUAGUUGAUAGUAUCAAGUUUGGAAUUCUUCUCUGGUUGUUGACUUAUAUUGGUUCAUGGUUUAAUGGUAUGACUUUGAUCAUCUUAGGUGUUGUUGCUAUUUUCACCUUACCUAAAGUCUACGAAACUUACAAGGUUCAGAUUGAUAACUAUGUUGGUAUGGCAACAACUCAAAUAAAUAAAGUCAUGACUCAAGUUCAAGAAAAAGUACCAUUUUUGAAGAAAAAGGCCAAGACCCAGUAAAUGUUAGAAUAAAUACUUUAUAAUAUUUUAUAUUAUGUCACACUGUGCUUAAAGUAUCAGUUAAACCUAGUUUUUUUAUAAAUAAGUUCAUUUUGCUGGAUUUAUUUUCUGCCUUAUAUUAACCACCUAAAUUUUUUCAUAACUUUGAAAGUCAGUAAUGUGUUUGCUAAAUUAUUGCUGGGCUAGGUUUAUUUUGGAAACGAGGGGAAAUAACUGGAUUUGUUUGAAAACAUUUGAAAUUAAAAAAAAAAUUGGAAAGUGUGACUACAGAGAGAAUAGAAUGAAUUGUGAAUUUUUUUUAUAAAUUUGACUUGAAGCUUUUAAACUCCCUAGUAUUAUAUAUUUAAAUUUCAUUUGUAAAUCAAUGUUUGUUACAUCACUUCAUAUGGCAUGUUUUAAAUCUAAAACUUAUUUGAAUUGUAUUUUGUUCAGUAGAGAUCUCAAUGCAAUAUUUUAUUUUAGUCUGUCCUUCAGUUAAGUUUGUCAAACAGCAUGUUUCAAUUUUGACAAACAUAAAUUAGAAUAGGUUAUGGCUGUGGGAAUGAUUUUUUUUUUUUUUUUUUGUGAUAAUCAGAUUAAUUAAUUAAUGUUCAUUAAGAACUAAUUGCUGUAAUUAGUAAGAUGAUGUGUAUUAUAGGUUUUGUUAUAAACAUAUUGUAUAUUCAUUUGCUUUUCGCUUAUUUAUAACAUCAAUAAAAUUCAAGUACUGAGUACUUAAAAUCUUAGAAAGUUACCUUCAUAGAGGAAAUAGUUUGGAUGUAUAAACAGAUUUGAGAUUAUCAAGUAGCGAGUUAUUAUUUUUGUUUGUUUGAAUUGUUUUAGUUUUUUUGGACUUUACACUUAUUAUUCUUGAAUAUUGUAAUGUUAUUCAUAUAUCAUUCAAUGUAGAUUUCUAUAUUAUGCUUGUAAAUUUUAAUAUUAAUACAUUUCCUAUUGAAAUAAUCUCAAUGUUUUACACACUGUAUUGUAAGUUUAAUAUUGUAAACCUAUCUCACAUCCCAACUUUAAUAAUUACUGCUCAAAAACUCAUCACUUUCUCAUUAAUAUUAACAGCCAAAAUUUUAAAACUUUUUUCCCAAGAUUUAGACAGGGUUUUUAUAGAAUUGAACAUCUUAAAAUUGAAUAUGUAUCAGUGUACUAUAUCAAAAUAAAAUGCUUUCCUGUAGUGUGUAUAUUCAUUCUCUCUUGACACUGCUUGUUAUAAAAAUGUGCUCCACUACUAUGUUACCUGUUUCCAGUAUGGGCUAGUUUUCUGUAUACUGAAUAAAUGUAAUUUAAAUUCUA